UAGCGUGACGUCAUAGCGUGGUGGCUCAAAUUUACGAUCAGAUACCGGCAGAUUUCAGUUCACCAAAAAUGGCGGACGGUAAACUAGCUUUUUCAAACAUUCAGAGCGAAGAAUUGCUUGGUGUUCGUAAGAAUGAGUCUUCGAAGAAGAGCCUGGACGUAGAAGUCGCGAUUGAAGCGGGAAGUCGUUUGGUUCUAACUGACGAGAAUGAGGAAUUUGAUCCUUGGGCCUUGCCUGCGUUCAAGAGUGUUGGACCCAAGUGGUCGGAGCUUGAAACUUCUGGAAAACUAAAGCGAGUGCUGCUUUUGAUCAUCAAGUUUGCCAUGCUUACUGGUUUGCUGUAUCUGUUCAUCUGCUCGCUGAGUUUCCUGAGUAGUGCGUUUCGUUUACUUGGCGGAAAAGCGGCCGGAGAGGCGUUUGCUUCGAACAAGAUUCUGACCAACCCUGUUGCCGGACUGAUGAUUGGAAUACUCGCGACUGUUCUUGUUCAGAGUUCAUCCACCACAACAUCCAUUGUAGUAGCCAUGGUCGCCUCUUCCAUAAUAGACGUGAGACCUGCCAUCCCUAUUAUCAUGGGUGCCAACAUUGGAACCUCUGUGACCAACACAAUUGUGUCCCUUGCCCAAGCUACUGAGCGCAAUGAGUUCCGAAGAGCCUUUGCUGGUGCUACAGUGCAUGAUAUCUUUAAUUGGCUCUCCGUGCUGGUCUUUCUACCUCUGGAAGUUGUUUCUCACUACCUGUUCCACUUCACAAGUGUCCUUGUCAAGGUCAUGGAUCUUAAAACCAAUAAGGGGUACAAAACAGAAUUCCUGUCCAAACUGACUAAGCCAUUUACACAGCUUGUCAUCCAGCUUGAUAAGAAAGUCAUCACCCAAAUUGCACUUCAAAAGAAAGGCGCUGAAGACAAGUCUUUGAUUAAGUCUUAUUGCAGUAAAGAAAGUGUAGUUGUCUUGGAAAAUGUCACAAGCCUUAUCAAUGAGACUGUUAAUGGCAUCACUGUUGCAGUCAACAGAACAGCACCAAUGAACAUUACGAAAGAACUCAAGAACCCAUGCAAGUUCCUGUUCUAUGACACUGGGCUGUCUGAUACCUCCGUUGGAAUCAUUUUACUGGUAAUUGCCCUCCUCAUUCUCUGUACCUGCCUUGUUCUGAUUGUCAAGCUCCUCCACUCUCUGCUAAGGGGCCAGAUUGCUGCAGUCAUCAAGCGCACAGUCAACUCGGACUUCCCCAAGCCAUUUCACCACUUCACUGGGUACUUUGCCUUGCUAGUGGGUGCCACCAUGACUAUCUUGGUUCAGUCAAGUUCCAUCUUCACGUCUGCUCUCACCCCCCUGAUUGGUGUUGGUGUUGUCACCAUUGAGCGUGCCUAUCCCCUUACCCUGGGUGCUAACAUUGGUACCACUGGUACUGGAAUCUUGGCUGCCCUUGCAAGUGACCAAGGACAACUUGAUAAAGCCCUCCAGAUCGCCUUGUGCCACUUGUUUUUCAACAUUUCUGGUAUUCUUCUGUGGUUCCCUAUUCCCUGCAUGCGCAGAGUCCCCAUCAACUUUGCCAAGACCCUGGGCAACAAGACUGCUGAUUACCGUUGGUUCGCUGUGGCCUACCUCAUAUUUGGAUUCUUCCUUCUCCCUGCAUCAGUGUUUGGCCUCUCCCUUGCCGGUUGGCAGAUCCUCCUUGGUGUUGCAGCUCCCCUUCUCCUACUGUUCUUGUUCAUACUUGUUACAAGUCUGCUGCAGCGCAGGGCCCCUAAUGCUUUACCAGAAGUUCUGAAAGACUGGGAAUGGGCACCCAAGUGGACACGCUCUUUGGAGCCUCAUGACAAAGUCAUCACCAAAGUGUGUGAAAUAAGCAAAGGGCGAUGUGGGAUCAAAAGAACUAAAGAUCUCCCUGAUUUGGAGACCUGUGUAUAGAAGAAGUGUGUUUUGGUAGUGCAUGUAAACAUGCCAAAUCAAUAAGAUAAGCAUAGCAAUAGAUUAUAUUAAUUUAUUUUGAUACAUGAUUUCUUUACUAUCUCUUUAUUAUGUGGAGCCUUUUUUUGUUCAGUUUGAACUUACAUAAUGUUUAAACAUGCAUACAGUACAGUUCAUAUUUGAAUAAUUGUUAAAACAUUGUUUUUGUGGGGUUAUUUAUUAAUUUACAUGCUUUGCUUUCUUUAUAGGAUGGUUUACAUGCAUUUAGCAAACAUGGCUAUCUAAAAGAUCUUUAGAAAGCAAAAUAUCAGCAAUACAUGCUAAUGUUUGCUUCUAAAGUGGUCUUUUAGAAAUUGUUUGCUUCUAAUAAUGUAAGUGUUCAUAGAAAAAUAUAAUAUACAUUUAUAUGAGAAAAAAAAUAAAACAUACUUUGAAGCCUUAUCAGGCUUUGAUUCACAUUAUUUAAGGUAAGUUUUAUAUUAAUUUGGUAGCAUAACGCAUGGUGGCAUUGCAAUAAAAUAAACAUGAUUUGUGUAAUGAUUUGAACAUUGUUAUUGGUGAUAUCAUAAUACUCACAAUAGCCUAACAAGAAAAACCUGCCCCUGUAUAAUUGGCGUAUCAUAAUGCUCAAAGUAUUUGUUUUGGUUACUACAUGGUUCUAUGAUUAUGAUAAGAAAUGGUAGCCUAGCAAAAACAAUGUUUCAACUACAUGUGAUAUUUUUGGCUGGAAUUCUUCACUAGAAAUCUUUGAAAUACCAGUCAGUUCCAAACUUUGUUAUUGAGUGCAGAAGAUAGAAAGUGCCUGUGUGUGUGUUUUUUUUUUUUUAGGAAAUUAAUGUAAAACCAUUUUUCAAAGCUGAAUAGUUGUUGGCUGCUUAGAUUGUUCAUUAAUUCUCAUUCACUUAUUCACCCAUACCAAUGGGUUAGGCCCUUUAAAUAGAAUACCCUUGCUGAUAGUUUGCCACCACAAUUAUAAGGUAGUUUUAUGGUAAUUCAGAGAAUAUGUAUAAUUGAUAGACUUAUUUCUUUUCAGGUGGGGAUCAAGAAUUAAGACUAGGAUUUUAAACAAAUCAUUCCAACAAGGUCUUUUUGGUGCAUUGUCAAGUGUUAUAUGUACAGACUAUUUUUUGUUGAAUUGUAUAUUAUGGUACUGCUCUAAAUGUUAUUUAUGUUAAUGACUAGAACCUGUUUACUUACAGAAGUCCAUUUUCUUUUCAGGUUUGUGUAGACAGGCUACACCAGAGCUAUUUACAUACCAAUUUGUCUACUAGAAAAAUACAUAUUAAUAAGGCUAGUGUUAUUUUUCUGGGGAUCAUCCACACAAGAUAAUACAAAUUUGCAAAUAAGAUUUUGCCUCAAGACAUUUUUUUUAAAAACACGAGGUUCCCCUUUAAAAGGGAAAGCUCCUCCCGUCCCCGGGCUCAAAUUUGCAAUUAUAACCAGAACACUGCCACAAAUUACAAGUCUACUGUAAAAUUGCUUAUCUCUGAGUCUAAGUCGGCUGGAAUAAAAUUAUUUUUGCACAGGUAACAAGACAGUUUUCUUAAGAGAUUGAUAAAUUAGUUAUUUGCUGUCCACUCACCUUUUCGGUGCAAAAUUUUGCGCUAUCCAUUACCUAGCCCACCUGCAUAAAUUAUUCUCGCGCUGUGAUGGAAAUGCUUGUAUUUUAGAGCGCACACAGCUUAGUAUAGCAUUAUUUUAUGAUAGAAACAUUUUUAGAUGGACAACUAUGAAUGAAAUUUAUUUUGGUUUUGAAUAUGAAAUUUGGAUUCAGCGCUCGGAGCAAUUGUCUUGACUCAUUGACGGCUGAUUGAUAACUGAUUGUUCUUGAGCCUGGGGGUGGGAGGAGCUUUCCCUUUUAUAGCGGAACCUCGAAAUGUUUGUGUAUCGAAUAUUUUCUUCAAUUUGUUUUUCGAAGAAAAUAAUCCUAAAGACCAAAAUUUCCCUGCAAUUUUUCGCUGCAAAGUUGAAAUUUAUCGUUAUUCCAGGGUGCUGACAAACUCAUUCCCCUGAGUGUGGUUGGGGGCCAGACACAAUAGAAAAUGCAAUGCCAUGGCAACCGCUGUGACCAUUGUAUUGUGUCUGGGGGGGAGGGGGGGCGACUUUUGUCAGCACCCUGGAAGAACGAUAAAUUUCAACUUUGCAGUGAAAUUCUGGUCUUUUUGAUAAUUUUCUUUGAUUGAUGUUUAGAAACUAUUCUUCUAUGGCAUAUAGAAUUUUGAAGGGAGAAGCUUCCGUUUUCUGCCGAAAAAGUUGCCUUGAAGAGUCAAAGUUGUGAUUGCUAGGGAGCUUCCUACCCUGUUGUAUUUUAUUACGAGUGGGGAGGAGGUGAACCGAGAUGAGGGAGGAAAAUCGCCUAAAAUGUUAUGAAUCGCGGCUAAAACAGAACCAGAUCAAUCUCUACGACAACAACUACAAUAAAUUGGCUUUAUAAAAUAUAUACAGUACACAAAUUAAAGAAAAUAUUCGAUACACGAACAUUUUGUCUGGUUUUCCCGUGGGCAUACUGCAAUACAGUGAAACCUCUACACGUUCUUACUAUAUUGAUCAACAAUUAGGCACAAGAAUACACUUUAAGUGUAUGUGGGUGACGACAAAUUCAAGUUGCAUUUUGUAAUGACAUUUGGAGGCACAAAUUUUUCAUCUAGUGAUUUGCAACAUUCAGAGCCAUUUUGAAUUGUAAAAAAUAUUUUGAUAUUGAUCAUAGAAAAAAUUUGUCCAUUAUUUUUCUUACCUUUUAUGGACGUGGUCUAACAAAGCUAUGAUUCGACACAAGGUUGAAAAAGUAUGUUGAACACCUGUGAAACAGCAGUUGCGCUGACGAUUUGAGUGUUAACUGUAAAACGGCCUAACUAGUAUUGUUGGCUAUUGAACUUCAUGCCUAUCAAAUAGUACUUUUCUCCCAUCUUUAUUUGCCUAUUUUUUUAAAACUAUCAUGGUGGCCAUGGUUGUACAUUGUGAACAAACAUCCACCCUGUACAGCAAAAUGUUCGUGAGACGAGUUUUUUUUUUCUUUUUUUGCUGCUGAAAUUGAUAAUUAUUAUUACUGUAAGAGUAGACCAUUUGAUUGAUCAUUCAUUUGUGUUGAUGCUACUAAUAACACCAAAUGAUUGUUUUAUCACUGCGCAAUUCAUUAGUAGAUGCAAGUGUAUGAGUAACAUCUUUAGAGACUACCCAGAUAAAAAUCCUUUUUUCUGCUCCGACAGAAGACUAACACUCGAAACAUCAGCACAACUAAUGUUUCACAGAGGCGAUUCACAUACUUUUUCAACCUUGUGUUGAAUUAUGCCUUGUCUAUACCACACCUACGCAGACGAUCUAGUCCUUUUACAGCUUGUCUGUAGUCUUUUUAGUUAUACCAAUUGCCAAAAAUUUUUAAAGCAUCAAGUCUAUUGAAUCGAAACACCUCAGGUAAGUGUAAUAUGUUGUGUACUGUAUGAUUUGUGUAUACUGUAUGUUUUGAGAAAUAAAAAAAUGUCUAUCUA